AUGGGCCGGCAACCGAGACAACGCCCGAUUUCGUGCCACUUGUGUAGGGUGCGCAAGUUGCGCUGCAGCCGCCAGUUUCCGUGUUCCAACUGCACGUCUCGAGGUGUCGUCUGCCAGCAUGAAGGGAUCGCGGUCUCGGCGGUCUCGGCGGCGGCGGCGGCGGUGGGAGGACAACAGCAGCAGCAGCAGCAGCAGCAGCAGCUCAAGUCUCCGGCUCUGAAGGAUGCGUCGACGCUGGAGCUGCUGGCUCGUCUGGAGCGGCUGGAAAACAUCGUCGCAGCUCAGGGGGCCGGGAGGGAAGGCAAAGACGCGGACAACUCCGGCUCCGGCUUCAACUUCAACUCCAGCCUCAACUCCAACUCCAACUCAAAUUUUAACUCCAACUUCAACCCUAGAAAAGGGGCAGAGACUCAAGCAGAACAGAGCCGUCCCGUCACCUCCCGCCCGGUGCCGCCUAGACUGCAGCGCUUGACAGCGGACGCGCUGGAGCUUGAGCGAUCCUGUUCCGACCAAAAGCUGACGGACUCCUUGAUAUCUGAACCCAUCAUCUUCCGUACCUGUCCCAUACGGCUGGCCCCAACGCAGCCGUCCUAUGCUUUCCAAAAUGGCCUCCCAACGUCCAUGGCCGGGCCGAUGGACGCCAUCAAGUGCAUCUGGCUGCCUCGGCGAGAUGAGAUGCGCAUCAUCCUCCAAAAGUACAUAGCUGAUAUCUCCUUGUUCUACCACAUCAUCCACGUCCCCACAGUCCAGAGCCUUGUCGAAGACAUUUACGCAGGGCUGGAGGCAAACGUUCGCGUCGACGUCGGCGGCAUCCUGCUCCUCCUCAGCAUAUGCGCAAGCACGACGUAUGCCUGGUCGCCCCCUGACGAUGUCCGGUGUCUGUUCUCGGACCAUGUCGAGGCGAAUGCGCAGUCCACCUUUUGGAUCAAGGAGGCGCUGGACGUCAUUGACCACGCGCAGAGGACGGCGCAUGCGUCGUUGGAAUGCAUCCAGGGCCUCAUCAUCCUGUUCUUUGUCUUUUGUAAUCACGAGAGUGUGUCGUUCCGUGCCCGUAGUGUCUUCAUGUCGGCCAUUGCAAUGGCGACGGAGCUAUCGCUGCAUCGUCUCGACGAUCCCCAGGGCAGUCCCAUGGGGACGCUUCUUCGGAUGAGCGAGGCCAAGAAGGAGAUUGCAAGGAGAGUGUGGUGGUUCAUGGUUGCAACGGACUGGACACUUGCUCAGUUCAACUGUCCCCAGGAGGGCUUCUACUUCAUCCACCAGAACCAGAUGGCGGUCAACAAGCCACGGAAUGCAAACGACGAGGACAUUAUGGAAGGCGUGGAAAUCAUCGAUCGGCCAGUCACAGAGGCGACCUGCAUCUCCUACUUUGUCCAGCGCAUCCGCCUGGCAGAGGUUUGCCGGACAUUGAUUGAUCGGGCACCCUUGGGCACGCCGACUUCGGAAACCUCUGUGUACAAGGGUAUACUGGAAGUAGACGCGAAGCUCAACCAGUUUAUGCGGGAGGCCCCGGACUUCCUUUCCCUCGAGUGUUCUCAUCUGGAUAGCCUUCCCAUUACCGACCCCAGACGCUCGCCUUUCAUCACCGCGCAGCGCUACAUGCUGAAUCUGCUUCUCCACCGGCAGCUGUGCAAGAUUCAUCUUCCUUAUCUGGCCCAAGGGACUGUCGAUCCUGCCUAUGCGUACUCACGCGACGUUUGCCUGAGGUCGGCAAGGGUGGUCUUUGAGCUCGAUCACCAACUGCAAGGAGAGUGCUUGCCCUUCUUCAACUCCCGCCUGAGGUUGGCCAUGGUUUUGCGGAGCCUGUUCCUGGCUAGUAUCGCGCUCGUCUUGAACGCUUGUCUGACGGGCGAUGCCGAGGAUACUGGCGAGGGAGAAGAUGAGAUCGCUGGUGCGUGGAAGAUAUUGCACGAGGCACAAGGCCAAUUCCCCCCGGCGGCAAAACUGCUGGAGUUGUCCAUCCAGAUUCUCAGAAAGUAUAAGAUUAAGCAUCGCGCCCUGGAUCUUCUGCAACAGCAGGUGGCGGGGAUGUCACCUUAUGGCGAGACGUUUCCGAUGACUCCGGACUCGACGAAUCACGAUAUGCGCAUGAGUACGAUGCAACAACAGAAUAUGCUCGAAGGAAAGAUGGAUCUGAACACGAUAGAUUGGGAUAAGUUAUUUUGGGGUAUUGAUGCCCCGUUUAUAUAA